CGUGCAUUUUGAACGGCAGCAUUUUCAUUUCCAUUGUAUUUACUUCGGAAAACCGAAGUUUUUGAGUGAAAAGUGAAAAACAGCACGGCCGCAGGAUGGUGAAGAAGAAAAUAGACAACCGCAUACGCGUGAUGAUCGAGAACGGGGUCAAGCUGGGCCACCGGACCAUGUUCAUCGUGAUCGGGGACAAGGCGCGCGACCAGGUCCCCAUCCUCUACGACAUCCUGACCAAGUCCACAGUCAAGGCGCGACCCACGGUCCUCUGGUGCUACAAGAACAAGGACGAGGCCAUUUCCAAUCAUGGCAAGAAGCGCGCCAAGAAGAUCGCCGUGGGCAAAGUGGACGUGAACGAGGCGGACCUGUUUGACUCCUUCCGCGUGGCCACCACCAUACAUGGCAGAUACUACUCCGAGACGCAUGCGGUCCUGGGACGAACCUAUGGAGUCUGUGUGCUGCAGGACUUCGAGGCCCUGACCCCCAAUCUUCUGGCUCGGACCGUGGAGACGGUGGAGGGCGGCGGGCUGAUCAUCCUGUUGCUGAAGACGCUGCAGUCCCUCAAGCAGCUCUUCACCAUGAGCAUGGACGUGCACAAGCGGUUCCGUACGGAGGCCCACCAGACGGUGACCUGUCGCUUCAACGAGCGACUGAUUCUCUCCCUGGCGGAUUGCAAGCGCUGCCUGGUGGUCAACGACGACCUCACCGUGCUGCCACUCAGCUCCAAGACCAUCAACGUGGAGCCCGUGAAUCCCGCUGGCGCCGGUCGUUCGCCCAACGAGGGCAGCCUGAAGGAGCUAAAGGAGAGCCUGCUGAACGUACAGCCAGCUGGGGCCCUGGUCAAUCUCUGCAAGACCUACGAUCAGGCUAACGCCGUGGCCCAGUUCAUUGAGGCGCUGGUCGACAAGCAACUGAAGCCGCCCAUGUCCUUGACGGCGGCUCGUGGUCGUGGCAAGUCGGCUGCCCUGGGUCUGUCCAUCGCCGCCGCCGUGGCCUUUGGCUAUGUGAACGUUUAUGUGACCUCGCCGCACCCGGAGAACUUGAUCACUCUGUUUGAGUUUGUGCUUAAAGGCUUCGAUGCCUUGGAAUACCAGGAGCAUGCCGACUACACGAUCAUACGCUCCACCAAUGCCGACUACAAGAAGGCCAUCAUAAGGAUCAACAUCACGAGGAGCAGUAGGCAGACCAUCCAGUAUAUAGCGCCCAGCGACACGCAUCUGCUGAACGCCGCCGAUCUGCUGCUGAUCGACGAGGCGGCUGCCAUACCCCUACCGCUGGUGAAGAAGAUGAUCGGUCCGUAUCUGGUGUUCAUGGCCAGUACAAUCAACGGAUACGAGGGCACUGGCAGGUCGCUGAGCCUGAAGCUUAUCUCCCAGCUGCAGAAGGACAACAACGCGAGGCCGCCGCUCAAGCUGGAGGAGUCGAUUCGUUACCAGGAGAACGACGACAUCGAGAAGUGGCUGAUCAACCUGCUGUGCCUGGACGCCAGCACGGUGCCGAGCAUUAGCUCGGGCUGCCCCACGCCGGAUGCCUGCGAACUGUACUAUGUGGACAGGGACGCUCUGUUCUCGUACCACAAGGCGGCCGAGGCCUUCCUUCAUCGCCUGGUCUCUAUUUACGUAUCCUCGCACUACAAGAACACCCCCAACGAUCUGCAGAUGAUGAGCGAUGCCCCGGCCCAUCAUCUCUUCUGCCUUUUGGGUCCGGUUCAGCGAAUGGACGCCUUGCCGGAGAUACUGGUGGUCAUUCAAGUGGCACUAGAGGGCCAGAUUUCCGCCCAGAGCAUCAGCGAAUCCCUGGGACGGGGCAAGAAGGCGGCCGGCGACUUGAUACCCUGGAACAUAGCCGAGCAGUAUGGCGAUCGCGACUUCCCCAAGCUGUGUGGCGUGCGUAUCGUGAGGGUGGCCACGCAUCCGAACUACCAGAGGAUGGGAUACGGCAAGCGGGCCAUUCAGCUGCUCAAGGACUACUAUGCGAGGAAGCACACCAACCUGGAGGAUGGCCCGUCUGCCAGCCAGGAUGUCGGCAAAGGUAUCGAGGAGGUGGAGGAGGAGGAGCUCAGUCUGCUGAAGGAGCAGAUUCGGCCUCGCAGUCGGAUACCCACACUCUUGCAGCGCCUGCACGAACGCCUGCCUGAGCGCGUAGACUAUAUCGGCACCUCCUACGGCCUCACUUCCGACCUGCUGAAGUUCUGGAAGAGCGCCGGCUUUGUGCCGGUGUAUUUGAGCCAGAAGUCCAACGAACUGACCGCCGAGCACAGCUGCAUCAUGCUGCACACGCCCGCAACGACGUCGUGGCUGGGCCUGUACUACCAGGAUUUCCGCCGGAGGGUCCUUAAGCUCAUGGGCAAGACCUUCCGGGAGUUCGAAACAAAACUGUGCUUGGCCCUGCUGAAGAACAAAUCGGUGGACACGGAAGCCAGUGCCCUGACAGUUCUGGACAAGCCCAUGCUGGAUGUGUUCUUCCUGCCACACGAUCUGCAGCGCCUGGAGAGCUACGCCCGCCAGCAGUCCGAGUUCCGACUGAUCAUCGAUCUGCUCACGGACAUCGCCCAGCUGUACUUCCAGGGCAGGAUCGAGGGACUGCAACUGGAUCUGGUGCAGCAGGGCAUCCUUUUGGCCCUGGGCGUUCAGGGCAAGACGGUGGAUGCCCUGGGCCUGGAGCUCAAUAUGCCGGGCAAUCAGUUGCUGGCCAAGUUCUUCGAUGCCAUGAAACGGUGCAAUCAGUGCUUCCGAUCCGUUCUGGAGGAGCAUAUCGAGGGCGGAAUGCUGAGGGAGGCGGAUCUGUCCAAGGGCGAGGAGCUGCAGCCGCUCAGCCUGUCGCUCGACAAGGAGCUGGAUCAAACGGCCCAGAAGCUGAGCAAGCAGCAGCGCAAGGAGCUGAAGCGACUGAAGGCCGAGCAGCUGGACGAGUUCCAGAUCAAGGGCAGCGAGGAGGACUGGUCCAAGGCGCUGGAGACAAACGGAAAAGGCGGUGGCAGCGGGCUGCUCUCCGUCAAGAGUGGCGUCAAGCGACUGGAUGGACCCAUCGAACAGCCCGAGGAUCGCGACCUAGCCGCUCCGCUCUCCAAAAAGAAAAAGAAGAACAAUCCGAAACAGAAACGCGGGCAGGGCAAGUCCCUGAUCUAGAGCAAAAUAAGGACAUUUUUUUUGUGUGUUUG